AUGGCGAAUCAAAAACUGACUGGCACCUCUGUCAUGUUGACGCGGGAGAAGUCCAAAUACAUUUAUAAGUUAGUCCCCUUUUUUAAGAAUGGGGAGGCCAAAUUUUACAUGAAUGCCUUUGCGGCGCAUGACCAACUGUAUGGGCAGUUCAGGAGGAGGGCCCCCCGGGGGAUCGACGAACGCGGCGAAGGUGGCCAGCGUGGCGGGCGUGAUCGGCUCGGGGACCUGCACACCAGCAUGCAGAGCGCCAUGACCUACUUCUACCUCAUGAACGACAAGGCCAUGCGUGCAACCCGGAAAAAGCCACCCCGAAGCAGCCCCUGCAAGGGCACCCUUCAAGGGGAACGACCACCCUAUGAUGAUAAUCCCCAUCUCGAUAAACCAAACUCAACGAUGAAGUCGCCUCGUCCAGGGGAGGGCUGCACUCCGGAAAAGGAAGAGAAGGAGGACGACACAAAUGAAGCAAUACCAAGUAGUGACCAAUACGCCGUGCACACCUCGGAGGAAGAAAAGUUAGUGAAGCACCUGAGUGAACAUAAACGCCCAGUAGAGGAAGGACAAGCAACACUUCCCCCCAGUGCAGACUCGCCUCCAUGCGUAGGAAGCGAUAUCAUGUGUUGUCCGCACCUGAAAGGCAGAGGCAAAGAGGGGGCAGUAUUAGAAGAGGUUCACAAACCUGAUGAGUCGAAGGCCCAAAAAGGAGAUCAUCUCAACCGCGAAAACACGCCAAUCUUUGGGGGCAGCACCCAUGACGCGAAAAACAGGAUCACUGGUGCGCUGGGUGAACACCGCGUCUUGGCCUUUUUGGUCAAACAGAAGCUCAUUCCAAAAUUUUACAACAUAGUGCCUGUGUAUCGGUGUGAGGCGGAAGAGACGGCCUCUUAUUCUGCGGAAACCCAUAAAAUAAAAAAUGGGAGCCAAAGUGCAGACUCCAAUGCGGAAUGUGUACCCGAGGCAGGGAAAACCAAGUCGAAUGCAGAAGAGCUACCCGUUAAUGGUAGACGUGACGACGUAGCGGUGAGAAGACAUGUGCGUGGUAAAGAAGCCGAGAAGUGGAAGGUUGGCAAGUUGAACGACCUUGUGAGGGUAGCUGAAGGGACUCCAAGUAGAGACCCCUCUGAACGUCCAGUCCACAUAGCCCUAAAACUUAAGAAAAUCUGCCACUCCAUAGACCCUCAAAACCAGAAUGUCCUUGACCUAAAGCUAGGAUACAACACAUUGAAGGAUAAUGACAUACAGUUUAGUGAAAGACUUAAAGAAGUGAGCGACUCCGUCCCGUGGAGCGAAAAGGAAAAGUAUGUGAAGAGGUGGUCCAAGAUGAAAAAAGACAUACGAAGUGAACACCUAAAUACAAGUGACGAGCAUAUCAUACAUCUCUCUGCGAAAGACAUAAACUUACCCCCUGCAUUUUUCAACUACGACAAUCAUGAACUUUAUUGCCUGUUAAAAUCGUGGAAGCAAGAAAUUACUGCGCGCAUGACGACGCAAAGGAGGUUGGGAUUUCGUAUAUGCGCGCUGGUAUGCUGCAUGGAGCAGCAGGAUAUGUUGACAGACCAAGGAGUGCGGGAGUUUUACGCCGACUGUGUGGCGAAGUAUGGGCCAGUGGCUGCUGGUGGUCCGGGUUGCUGCCAACACAGCGCACGGUGUGGCGGCCAGGACAACCAUCAGCAGAACAACCAGGCGAGAACCCCCCCCAGCAUCGAGCAAUGCUACGAACGAGCUCACCAGAGGCUGCAAAUCAGUAGAGACAUCGGACUUCACCUAAGGGAAGAACACGUGGUGUACUCACUGACUUUUUUUUUCAGAAAUAUCAUUUCAUUUGUUCUCCCCAAAUUAAUAAGCUUGCAAGUGUGGCUGGAACAACAACAUGUUUAUUCCUUCUGCUCCACCUCCCUGCUAAUUAUAUAUGACCGGAGGAACCCUCAAACGUGUGACUUAAAGUGGAUUGAUUUUACCUACUCCUUUGACAACACCGUAUUGCCAAGUAGAUAUGAAAAGAUGAAACAUGAGAGACAAAAUGUGGACAUCCUUUUUGGCGUAAAGAAUUUAAUUAAAUUGUGCAGAACGGUGUUUUUUGAAAGCAAAGUGCCGCCGUCGCCGUCGUGUCCAUCGGACAGUGAGAGGAAGCAAUCUCAUCCCGGGAUACACGACCAGCCAAAAGUUAACCCGUAG